UGAUGUUGAGGUGUGUCACACGAAUCAUGACGUCUAUCCGGUUCUGGACCCCUGUAGUACACAGGACUGCUCUGCUCGGAGUAAAACAGGAGAACGCAGUGGAAAGUGUCUCUAGUAGUUUGUGAGUAGAACAUCCUAUGUAUGUGUUGCCCGGAGAAACGUGAGAAUGGCAGAUGACAAGGAUGUAUUGCGUGAUGUCUGGUUCGGGAGGAUUCCAACGUGUUUCAUGCUGUACCAGGACGAGGUCACUGAGAGGGAGGCUGAGCCCUUUUAUCUUCUCCUGCCAAGGGUAAGCUAUUUAACCCUCGUCACUGACAAAGUGAAGAAGCACUUUCUGAAAGUGAUGAAGCAAGAGGAUGUUGAGGAGAUGUGGUUUGAAUACGAGGGGACACCUUUGAAAUGGCAUUACCCAAUUGGAGUGUUGUUUGAUCUACACGCAUCGAACACUGCCCUACCCUGGAGCGUCACUGUGCACUUUAAGAGUUUCCCUGAGCGGGACCUGCUUCACUGCCCAUCCAAUUCUGUGAUCGAAGCCCACUUCAUGUCUGGCAUCAAGGAGGCUGAUGCACUCAAGCACAAGGGCCAGGUGAUCAACGACAUGCAAAAGAAAGACCACAAGCAGCUGUGGAUGGGCCUUCAGAAUGAUAAAUUUGACCAGUUCUGGGCCAUGAAUCGAAAGCUGAUGGAAUAUCCAACUGAGGAAGGAGGCUUCCGCUACAUACCUUUCAGGAUAUACCAGGCCAUGAGCGAGAGGCCCUUCAUUCAGAAACUCUUCCGGCCAGUGUCACCAGAGGGUCAGCCCUACACACUGGGAGACCUUCUGAAGGAGAUGUGUCCUUCGGCCCUGCCCCAGGACGAUGAGCCAAAGCGAUAUCAGGUGGUGAUUCACGGCAUCGAGCCCAUGUUGGAGACGCCUGUCCAGUGGCUGAGCGAGCACCUGAGUCACCCGGACAACUUCCUCCACAUCAGCAUCAUCCCGGUGCCCAGCGACUGAGUGGGAACCCUCCUGCGAGUGGCGGAGGGAGGGAGAGGGAGCAUCGCCUUGUUUGCCUGAUGACCAGGGGUGGUUUGGACGGAGCCUUCGUGUUCGGUCUCUCUCAGCGGAGAGCAAAGCGGUGAUGGGUUUUGGGGGGGGGGGGUCAGCGAGCGUGAGGCAGCGAGCGUGAGGACUCCGUGUGAGAUCACCCGCUCUCCACCUCACAGCAGCACUUUGAAAAACUCUCUCUCUCUCUCUCUCUCUCUCACCUCCCCCCUUUUCUGUUUUCUCACAUCACUGCGUCACAACGUCUGCUUCCUUCUCUGCAUCCUCUGGUUGAAGAGGGUGAGGACAUACAGACUCCCUCCCAGCCAGCAGGAGAGGCAGAGGGUGCUAUACGAUGGAACAAGCUCAACUCCGGGCAGCUCCGGUGCCCCCC